AUGGCUGGUGUUGCAGAAGUAGAUGGUGGAAGCAGCCGCGGACACCGAGUCGAUGAAAGAGGUAAUUUGCAGGUGGCACUACCACUCACAGCAGGAGAAACCCUCCGCCGCCCUCGAGGAAGGCCAGCUGGCUCUAAGAACAAAACUAAACCACCAAUUAUCAUCACCAGAGAAAGUGCUAAUGCACUAAGAGCACAUGCAAUAGAAGUAAACUCCGGCUGCGAUAUUAAUGAAACCUUAAUAAACUUUUCCCUGCGGAAACAGCGUGGCCUGUGCGUACUUAACGCGACAGGUUGUGCCACUAAUGUCACCGUUCGACAGCCGGCUUCAUCGGGAUCAGUCAUUACUCUCCAUGGCCGGUUCGAGAUUACCUCGUUGCUCGGUUCAAUUCUGCCACCACCAGCACCGCCGGGAAUGGCAGCCGGCCUUACGGUCUACCUUGCUGGGGCUCACGGGCAGGUUGUGGGAGGGAGUGUGGUUGGUGCUCUCAUUGCUUCAGGCCCUGUAGUUAUUAUGGCUGCAACUUUCAUGAAUGCUGCUUUUGAUCACUUGCCAUUAGAGGAUGAUGAAAUUGUUGCCCCCGCGGCUGCUGCCGAUCACAACCAGCAGUACCAGAACAACAGGCGGCGCCACCGGAUUGAUGUCUCCGAGAUAUAUGGGGUGCAACAAAAUUUGCUAACAAAUGGUACUAUACCCUCUGAGAUAUAUUCAUGGGCACCUGCAGGACGGACUCUAUCCAAAUCAUAG